AUGGCCAAUCGUUUUCGUGAAGAACUGGUAAAUGUUGAUCAGUUUUCUAUAACAUGUGAUGUUUGGACUGAAACGAUGACUAUGAGAAGUUUUUUGGGUAUAACAAUACAUUUUUUCAAAGAUAUUCAGAUGCAAUCAAGAACAAUCGGUACUGUUGAACUUUUUGAAAGCCACACUGGUGAUUACCUUGGACAGAUAUUAAACAAAACUCUUGCAGAAUGGAAUAUACCCAAAGAAAAAAUAGCAGCUGUUAUAACUGAUAGUGGUGCAAAUAUAAAAAAAGCAAUCACAGAUUUAUUUGGAAUAAAUAAGCAUAUUUCUUGUUUGGCACAUACGGUGAACCUUAUUGUAGAAAAGUCCAUAGAAAAAACACAAAUAGAAAAUGCAAUUACCAAAGAAAGAAAAGGCGGAGUUCCAGAAUUAGUUGGAAAAGUGAGAGAUAUAGUUAAAUACUUUAAAAAAAGUACUAAAGCAAGCGAUGAGUUGAGAAAACGUCAAAAAUUAGAAGGGACAAAAGAAGGAAAAUAUUUAAAACUAAAACUUGAUGUACGUACCAGGUGGAACAGUGUAUUCUAUAUGAUUGAACGAUUUCUGGAGUUGUCUAAACUUUUAUCGGAUAUCCUUUUAACUAGAACAGAGACAGAUGUACCAGAAAUGGUCACUGCUAGAGAACUAAAUUGUUUAAAAGAAAUUUGUUCAAUACUACAACCAAUGGAAGUGCUUACAAGAGAACUGUCUGUUGAAAAGUAUGUAAUGUCAAACCCCAGAUUUAAGGAUAUGUAUUUCAAAGAUCCAUUAGCAAAUUCCAAAGCACAAGAAAAGAUUCUUCGAAUGAUAAAGGCAUCAUCUGAAGUAACUUCAGACUUACCAAGAACAAAUUCAACUUCCACAGAGCAAACAAUAACACCAGAACCUAAUUGUGACCAAUUUGAUCUUUGGAGUCCACACAAACGCCUACUUGAGGUACAAAAUAAGAAAUCAAGAACAGGAUGUCAAUAUAGAGAUGAACUUCGUACAUAUUUGGAGGGUAAUGCUAUCCUUCGGAAAGAUGACCCGAUGAUAGAAUGGGAAAAUACAAAAACUAUCUAUCCAGAACUUUAUAAAUUGGCAAGAAAAUAUUUAUGUAUAUCUGCUACGUCUGUUCCAUCUGAAAGACUUUUUAGCAAGGCGGGGGCAACAGUAAGCCAGUCAAGAAAUAGACUUCUGGGAUCAACAUUAUCUAAGCUUUUAUUCCUGCAGUCAUUAGAUGAAGAGUAUUGGACACUUUAA